AUGUCUUUGACGCACAACAGCUACAAAGUCGCCUGGAUAUGCGCCUUGCCGCUGGAGGCAGCAGCGGCCCGCGUCAUGCUGGACAAAACUCACAGUCCCCUGCCGAAACCCUCCACCGAUUCGAAUGCCUACGAGCUUGGCGAACUAAAUGGUCACUAUAUUGUCAUUGCCUGCCUACCAGCUGGUGUAUACGGUACAGUGUCUGCCGCGGCCGUGGUAUCUUGCAUGCAUUCCACCUUUCCUAGUCUUCAAUAUGGACUGAUGGUGGGAAUUGGAGGCGGAGUUCCAGGCAAAAACAAUGACAUUCGACUAGGCGAUGUAGUAGUCAGCAAACCGGUUGGAAAGUACAGCGGAGUGAUACAAUAUGACUAUGGCAAGGCGGUUCAAGGUGGACAAUUCGAGCAAACAGGCACAUUAAACAAACCACCACAGGCUCUUUUGACUCAUAUAAGUCAAUUGCAGGCAAAAAUCAUGACUGGAGACCAGGAAGAUGUUUCAAAAAUAGUGUGGGAAGUCCUCGAGCGAAAUCCUGAGAUGAAAGACAGAUUUGCGCCCCCGGAACAGCAUAUGGACUUUCUUUUCCAUUCAUCCUAUCAUCAUGCCGACAAAGAAGACACCUGUGGAAAGUGUGAUAAAGACAAAUUAGUCAAACGACAACCUCGUGCUACCAGGACACCUUAUAUUCACUACGGGUUAAUUGCAUCAGGAGAUCAGGUGAUGAAAGACUCAGAGACACGAGAUCGUCUAGCACAACAACAUGGGAUUCUCUGCUUUGAGAUGGAGGCAGCAGGCCUUAUGGACGAGCUUCCGACGCUGGCAAUUCGAGGGAUAUGUGACUAUUGCGACUCUCAUAAGCAGAAACAGUGGCAAGGAUAUGCAGCUUUAACUGCAGCUGCUUAUACGAAAUUGCUGUUAUUAGGUAUUCCUAAUAACCGUUCUGAUAUUGACCUGGUUACAAGCAGUAAAAUUCGGCACUGGAUCGUCUCGCUUGCAAGAAAUUUAAAAUUUGUUGGUCGUCAGGAGGAAAUUGUGAAACUAGAAGAAUUAAUCAUGGCGCAAGAUAGGCCCAGGAGGAUCGCAAUCACCGGCUUAGGAGGGGUUGGGAAGACCCAAGUGGCCCUUGAGCUAGCAUACCGUAUACGGGACCGAGAUAAGGAGUGCUCAGUCUUCUGGAUCCCCUGCACCAGCCGUGCAAUGAUUGAACAGAUGUUCCUGCAUAUUGCACAAAAACUCGGCCUUCAUAAUUUGAAUAUGGCAGAGGUUAAAGAGCAGGUUAAGAUAUACCUCAGCUCUGAGCGUGCAGGCAAGUGGCUUCUGAUUUUUGAUAAUGCAGAUGAUGCAGAGAUGUGGUUCGCACCUAGUCAUACAGUCCCACCUCUCGAAGACUUUCUCCCUGAGAGUGAACAAGGUUGUAUUCUGUUCACUACCCGAAACCGAAAGCUCGCCAUGAAGCUGGCGCCGUUUGAAGUUUUUCCAAUCCCAGACGUGGACAAAGAAACCGCACUCAAAAUCCUAGAGAAAACAUUAGCACGCGAGGACUUGCUUAGAGAUACUACCACAACAACUACUCUCCUUGAACAAUUAGCCUUUCUCCCAUUGGCGAUUGUGCAGGCAUCAGCAUAUAUUAUCGAAAACGGUAUCAAGUUAUCGACCUACCUUGAACUUCUCCAAGAGCAGGAACAAGAUGCUGUGGAACUCCUGAGCGAAGACUUCAAGGAUCCAGGACGUUAUAAGGAUAUCCAAAACCCUGUGAUCACUACCUGGUUGAUAUCUGUCGGAACUGAGGCCCACAGAUCAGACCUUACCCCUAUUCUCACUUAUUCGAAUCCCCCGUCGACCUCGCGUCGAUUACCACCCUGCUGCGCCGAUAUACGCACCAAAUCUCUUGCUCGUGAGCUCUUAGCUGAGUCUCAUAAACCUUACGAAUCCACCCGUACGAACCUACGUACGAAACCACCUUCGACCCCGAGUCGAAUACCCCUCUCAGUGCGCCGAUAUACGCACCGAAUAACCGACAAUAUGGCACCCACGGAUUAUACAGAUUUUGAUCCGAAUGGCAAGGACCGCAAGACAAUCGAACCAUGCGUAAUAACACGAACAAAGAUCUACACCGAUCUGNNNNCACCACUCCAGACUACCUCAACCCAUUUUGCCAGCGCUUUCUUCACUACUGAUGAGAAGCCAAAGGGAGAAUUAGGAAAGUUAAUCACUACAGAGUUAGCAAAUCGAGCGACUAUGCACUGUGUCAAAGCCCUGGCAACAAAGGAAGCACAAGAUGGCGACAAUAUAGAGAAUAACGUUGAAGAAACGAUUGAUACAAGCACCUACGUUUCGGCAAGCCGAUACUCCGAAGAAACAUGGCAAGGUAUUCUCAUUGACACCGGCGCUGCAGACUUCUCUACAGCCGGAUACAGUCAAUUCCUCGCAUAUCAGAAAGCUGUCAAGGGAGCUGUAAUAGACACGUCAACCGCAAAUUCAGUAGGGAUCAAAUUUGGCUCAGGCGAUCCUGUACGCUCAAAAGGCUCAGUCGAUGUUGACACACCAAUUGGCCGAGUCCGAUUCCAUAUCCUCGAAACAAUGACACCGUUCCUGCUCUCUAUCAAAGACCUGGACAGACUGAACGUGUAUUACGACAACACCAAAGAUCUUCUCAUUGGCCCAAAAGAGAAUAUGACUACCCAGGUUAUACGAAGAUUUGGCCAUCCAUUCCUUAUAUGGCAGGAGACCUACGAAUCAUGUCUCCUGGAAUCACUUGAUGAGAAUCCCUGCUUCCUCACAGAAGCAGAAUUACGGCGCCUACACCGUCGAUUCGGUCAUCCCUCAACUGACAGAUUCUACCGCGUUAUCGAGCGCGCAGGCCACGACGCUGACCGUGAAGCAAUCGAGCAUAUUCGCAAAUUCUGUCAUCACUGCCAAAUCCAUGGUAAAUCUCCUGGCCGUUUCCGCUUUACGUUGCAAGACGAUAUACAUUUCAACCAUUCAAUUAUUGUUGAUAUUAUGUAUAUUGAUGGUAAACCUGUACUUCAUAUUAUCGACGAAGCAACACGUUUUAACGCCGCACGUUGGCUCCCUAAUAUAUCUUCAAGUGCAACAUGGGAUGCCCUACGUGUUGCCUGGAUUGAUACGUACCUAGGACCACCAGAUCUCAUUGCAACUGACGCUGGAAAGAACUUUGUGAGUAAGGAAUUCUCACAGCUCGCGACAUCUAUUGGCACCACUGUCAAGAGCGUUCCUAUUGAAGCUCAUUGGUCAAUUGGCAUGGUUGAACGCUACCACGCCGUACUACGUCGCGCCUAUACCAUCAUCUCCGACGAAUUGCCAGAUCUACACCCCGAUAUGGCACUACAAAUGGCCGUAAAAUCUGUCAACGAUACUGCCGGCCCCAACGGCCUCGUACCCACGCUUCUCGUAUUUGGUGCCUACCCACGACUUACGCAAAACGACGCACCAGCAAUAUCAGUUGAACAACGUGCUACUGCACUCAAGAAAGCAACUGCUGAGGUACGAAAAUUGUACGCACAACGACAAGUAAGAGAUGCACUCAAUACCCGUAACGGCCCGUCAACUACGGUGAUCCAUUCGCUACCACUCAACUCGAACGUCCUUGUAUUCAGAGAAGGAAAUACUGGCUAUGCUGGAAAAUGGGAAGGCCCAUACAAACUAGUAGAAGUCAAUAACGAGACCUGCACAGUCGCACUUCCAAGUGGCCCAACUCAAUUCCGCUCAACCGUUGUAAAGCCAUACUAUGCCGAGGACAUGCCACCUGAGGAUAUUGCCACUACUCUAGACCAUGAUAACGCACCUGAACCCCCAACACAAGGAAAUGCACUCCUACCGCCAUCGACUGUCAAAAUCCCCUCUCAACGACCGCAGCGCAACCGUCAACCAUCCGCUCGAUACCGAGAUGACGAUUUCGAAGCAUAUAUCAACAAUAAGGAGAUUACUCAACCUCGAGCUAACUUUGACGAGGUAUUGGAACAAACAAGAUUUACUGACUCACGCAAGCAAGAGGUGGAUGGCCUAUUGGAGAGAGGUGUCUUCCACUUCGUGCAUGAGAAUGAAGUUCCCAAAGGUGAACGUAUUUUCAACUCACGAUUUGUGGAUGAGAUGAAGAAUUCUGGCACCGACAAGGCCUUUGAAAAAUCGCGACUUGUUGUGCAGGCUUACAAUGACGAAGGGAAGGACUUCAUAUUGACUGAAUCACCAACUAUACAACGCUGCAGUCAGCGCCUGAUUCUAUGCCUGACUGCCUGUAUGGUUACUCACUCCCUAUGGCUACGAGACGUUGUUCAAGCGUAUAUUCAAUCGCAAACGUAUCUUAACCGUGAUAUCUUCGUACGACCGCCACUAGAACUCGCCAUCCUCCUUUCACCAGGCACACUGUUAAAAGUCGUCAAGCCUCUAUAUGGGAUCCCUGAAUCAGGCAAUCAUUGGUUCAACACCUACCAUAGCCAUCAUACAGAGAAACUACAAAUGGAGACGUCAACCUACGACCCGUGUCUCCUACAUUGUAUUGACCCUAGCAAUGGCUUUGGCAUCGUUGGCAUGCAGACUGAUGAUACUCUUAUCCUCGCCGACAACGCCUUCGCUAACCGCGAAGAGAAGGAAAUUAAGGCUGCCAAGAUACAGUGCAAACCUCGCGAACGACUCUCGCCUACAAACCCGCUGAAAUUCAACGGUGGCCUCAUCUCGGAGACGGCCCAGGGUAUUAUGCUUAGCCAAGAACGAACCUGCAAGCUUAUACAAAUCGUGCAAGAGCAACACGCCGAUAUGACAAGCUCCCGGGGAAAGAUCCGCAAGAACGCAUCACCAAAAGAACAAUACGUAUCUCAACGAGCGCUUGGUGCCUAUAUUGCUUCCUUAACGCAACCGGAAGCCGCAUUUGAUUAUGCCUUCGCAGCACAGAGCACUAAUCCGCAGAAAGAGGAUAUCAAAUACCUCAACAAGCGCCUGCAAUGGCAAAUUGACAACCCAUACCGCGGCUUGAAGUUUGUCAAACUUAACAUCAACACCAUCAAACUAUACGCCUUUGUUGACGCGGCAUUCGCUAAUAAUAAAGACCUCUCGUCACAAAUCGGAUUCGUUAUUGUACUUGCCGACGCCUCGAACAACGCGAAUAUUGUACACUGGUCCUCGGUCAAGUGCAAGCGGAUAACACGUAGCGUACUAGCCUCGGAGCUAUACGCCAUGGUCAACGGCUUUGAUUUCGCUGCCUCUAUCAAAGCAACAGUUACGCAGAUUCUACACCUCGAGAAUCCGCUCCCGCUAGUGAUCUGCACCGAUUCAAAGAGCUUAUAUGACUGCCUUGUGAAACUUGGUACGACACAAGAAAAACGACUCAUGAUCGAUCUCAUGUGUCUCCGCCAGUCAUACGAACGUCAAGAGAUUACGGAAGUCAAAUGGAUAGAUGGCAAUAGCAACCCUGCCGACGCCAUGACAAAGAACAAAGCAUGCAACGCUUUGCAGAUCCUUGUUGAUACGAAUAAGCUACAUAUCACUGUCGACGGCUGGGUAGAAAGGUCUACCACGACACCGCAAAAUCGCGCGAUCAAAGCAAAUUCGGUGGCAUUCGCAAAUCCCCAAUAA